AGACGUGGAGAGAGAGAGAGAGAGAGAGAGAGAGAGAAAUAGAAUAUAAAAAAAGGGGAGGUUUUCGUUUAAAAGAGCGAAUUUUUGGGAAAAAUAAGGCGUUCGUGGAGAGGGUUUUGAAUUCCGAAUUCUGAUCGAGAUCUGGAAUUCGGUACUCUCUAGUAAUUCCUCGUAUGAUCGGUACUUUCGUAGGAAUUCUUGCGGAUUUUGGCGGUAAUUCCAACGUUUUUUUCUGACGAUCUGACGGGAAUCACGAGCGCGAGGUUUCAUCAGAUCGUUGUUUUAGAGGAAGUUUAAGGAGAUGCCUCAGAUUCUCCAACCGAGGUUGAAGUUUUCGGGACAUUAGUUAAUAGUAGAUACCUCCAGGGUUUUAUGCAAGGUACUUUUGCUGCUAUAUUCAUUUGAUUCGAGGGGUGGACCCUGCUUGAUUUGGUUUUGAGGACAAAUUAUGAAUGCGGAGGUGCUGCUUACUAGAAAUUGCUGAGUUUCUUGUAGUUGUGAGUCUUUGAGAUAUGGUGUUGCAGAAGAGGUUGGAUUAUGGAUCUAGUGGCUACCAGGUUCCUGCAAUGCCACAUGUUCCAAGAUCAGCUAGGGGUAAGCGUUCUGUUAGAAAGAAGGUCGAGGACAAUCGGAUGUGUGCAUUUGAUUUGCUUGCCACUGUAGCAGGAAGGUUGUUAUCAGAGAGACAGAACUCUCCGACUCCAUGUAACAUAACUGGAACUUCUAACCCUACUGCUGGAAAGGAUAUUAUUAAACAGGAACAAUUUGAAAAUGAGAAGCCAUUGAAAGCUGAAGCUUUUGAUCAAGGAAGCUGUGAUGAGAGUGCUUUGGGUUCUGAGAUAGUCUUUCAGAGACAGAGCGGCUAUGCCUCAAAAGAGCAUCCGCAAAUUCCAUUUGCAACAGCUUCAUCACCUGCUUCUGCCUUUGUAAAGUCUGACAACAGGGAUUCUUUUGCUGGGGAGUCAAUUAUUAGUAGCACACGGGCCAAACGUGGAUAUUCUCUUGGUACCAAUACCAUCACCAAAAAAUGCGGCACUCAGAGAUGCAUUCCUGGUUCUAUGGAAUCAUAUGAGUAUGAAGGAGAUGGAAUUAACACUCCACGCCAGGCUGAAUGGCGAAUUUCUGGAAAAGUCAUAGAGAGGAAUGCUCCAGAUAUGAACAUUCCAGAGGAUCCAAUGGAUUUGGAUGCCAAACCUCCUGCUGUGGUUAGUUCAGACAGCAGUGCUGAAGUGCCUUCUUGCAGAGAUCGUGUUCCUCAUGACAGUUCUGUUCCCAAGUGUGGGGAUGGAGUGGAAUUUUCUGUAUAUAGAGAUGAUGAUGAAAAUUCCUCUGGGUGUACUUAUCCUAGCCCUGUUACUACUCAUGCCUGUAGGGCACAACGUAUAGGAGACCGUAGGAUAAGGAAGCUCUUGACAUCUAAGUACUGGAAAGUUGAUCCAACUAUGUCAAAGGAUGGGGAGCUUGCCAACACUGAUGUAGAAAUGAAGUCCGUGUUCCACAGCAGGAGAAUGCCUUGCACACGUCAAAGAACUCAAAGGAGUUCAUUCAAGAGGAGAAAGUUGUUUGAGCGCUGCUCAAUAUCAGCAUCUGAUGGAGGGAUAUUUCGCGAUGGUAUAUCUAAUCCACCUGGAAAGGGCGGCAUCAAGUUAGAAGCAAGUGAUUCACCGGCAACUUUGCAUGGAGCGAAUGGUGCAUCAUCCUCUACAACUGGUCAAAAAUCAUCAUAUGAAUCGGGAGAUUACCAUGUGAAACUUAGUAUCAAGUCUUUCAAGGUGCCAGAACUUUUUAUUGAGAUUCCUGAAAAUGCUACUGUUGGUUCCUUGAAGAGGACAGUUCUGGAGGCUGUGACUGCUAUUCUUGGAGGUGGACUGCGUGUUGGUGUUCUUCUCCAAGGAAAGAAGGUUAGAGAUGACUGCAAAACCCUGCGCCAGGCUGGUAUUGCUCAUGCUGAGAAGCUGGACAAUUUGGGCUUCACGUUGGAGCCAAAUCCCAGACAAGCUCCAGCACCCCUGACCAGCUCCAAGGAUCCCCAUCUUCUUCACUCUGGUGAUGCUACUGAACCAUUAGCAAGGAUCGCACCUGCAAAACCUGCACCAUACCAAGGGGCAUAUGAUGCGAACCCACAGCCUGUACUGACCUCUGCAGCAAACUGCCCUGAGAGUGAUCGCGAUUCGGUUCAGUCACCUGCUGAUGCACCUUCUCUGGAUAAAACCACAGCAAAUUCCCGAGCUUUAGUUCCAGUGCCGCAGAUGAAUGCUGAGGCAUUGUCUGUGGUUCCACUUUGCAAGUCGAGGCGCUCUGAGAUGGUCCAACGCCGCAUCAGGAGACCCUUCUCGGUCGCUGAAGUAGAAGCACUUGUCCAGGCUGUUGAAAAGCUCGGGACGGGAAGAUGGCGAGAUGUCAAGCUUCGGGCCUUCGACAAUGCAAAGCACCGGACGUACGUUGAUCUUAAGGACAAGUGGAAGACGUUGGUACACACGGCCAGGAUUUCCCCUCAGCAAAGGAGGGGGGAGCCGGUCCCCCAGGAAUUGUUGGACCGGGUUCUCUCUGCCCACGCCUAUUGGUCUCAGCAGCAAGCCAGGCUCCAGGUCAAACCGCCGCCGGCCCAAACUUGUCUGCUACUCUAAUUUGCACCCUACGACCCUUCUCAGAAGCUAGGACGACCAUCCGAUCCAUGUACAAAUUAACACCCCCCCAAAGCCCCCAGCGCCCUCACCCAAAAAAAAAAAAAAAAAAAAAGGGAAAAAACACACAAAAGGUACAAAAAGUUUACAAAUUUGUGUAAUAUUUACUCACCAUUAUUUUUUAAGCCAGGGUUCUUCUCUUCUUGUGAAUUACCGAAGGAAGGGGCUUUCUUUGGCGGUUGUACAUGACCGGUGAUCCAGGAAAAAAACAAUGGAAUAAGCCAACUGGCACCAACGGGAGCCGUGUCUGUAGACACGUUCCGAUGCUGAUUUUUUUUUUUUAAAAAAAAAAAUUCCUCACUCAUUCAAUUUAGCUCGUUGUUCUUGGGAAAGGAGGCUGUUAUUGGGAAACGAUAAAGAUAGCAAGGAUUCAUGAAUUUUUUUAUUUGAAGUUAUAGGAUCUCGUGGCUGGCAAUCUCUUUGACAAUGUAAUUUUUAAUAAAUGUUGUACUUUUUGUAACAGCUUGUUCAGUGUAAGGGAAUGAUCCCAUGGAUCUAUGCGAUCGUUUGAUAUU